AUACAGUGUUAUACAAGAAAUGUCCGAGGGUAGUGGUGUAACAAGACUCACUGUUACAGAUGAGUCUGUUUUGCGAAACGAGCAAGUCCAAAGGCCGAAAUUUCACUUGGUCAAAAAGAAACUGAUACCGCCGAAACCCAAAACGAAAAUAAUCAAAAGAUAUUUCACCUCCGCUGCUCAUGUCAAUGAAGAAAACCAGAGGAACUUCAAAAAAGAGCCCAGCCCUUUCAGCUAUCCAAAUGAUUUGGAAAUGUUUGCCCACAAGGUCAUGACCAAGGCUUGGAGGGCCGAGGUCAUCAAAAACGAGUUAAACAAGAAAGCUAUCGAAAGGACCAACUACACGUCCAGGCAAAAUGAAGAUUUGCUCAACAGAUUAUACGUAAAGGAGCCUGUGGUAACCAACAUGAAAACUAUAGUUGAUGUAGACCCGGAGUAUUUUAAAGCGGUAGAGGGCAGACCUUACAAGGAAAAGUUCAACUAUCUGAGAUACAAAAACGUGAUGAGAGACCUGUUGAAAAUGAAGAUAAUGAUAGGAUACCGCGAAGACGACAUAAUGCUUAUCGAAGACAACAUCAAGACGGAAAAGAAGAUAAUCGAAGAUCUUAAAGAAAGAUACCAGGAGUACGUGAAUGUCUUCGAAGAGUUCCUUUUUCGAGAUCACACCGCUUCCAUGAAUCUGCUGCACGAAGCUGACUUGGUUUCGAAGCUGUGCAACCAAAAGUACGAGGAGUUCAAAGCGAUGGCAAAGGAGUAUUCGGGGUUGAGAUCGGUGCUAUACGGGUUGGAGGAAAAAUGGCGCAACUGCCAAAUGUAUCAGAAGUUUUUGUACCUAAUUAGCCCUAUAAGUUGGCGGAGAGAAAACGAUCCCAAUUUAAAUAAAGAUAAGGAGUUCAUUACAGUCGAUGCGGUCAAGGAAAUUUACAACAAAUACAAUACCACUGAGGAUAAGACUCUUGAUGAGCUUAUGGAUGGGUUCAUGAAGGAAUACGAAACUUUAGAGGCACCAAAACUGUACUUUACAGACCCAUAUCAGUUGAUGGAGAUAUUUUUGUUCAUGGAAAUGCAGAACUUGAAUUCCUUGUUGCAUUCUGAAGAGUUGGCUGAGCCCAUAGAGGUCGUAAAGGCCAGCAUGGAAAAGGCAAGGAUAGAAUUCGACUCGGAGAUACAGACAUUGGAAGAGUCCAUCGACAAAUUAGAAGGAGGAAUAUUGUGGGAAGAGGAGAGAGCCAAGUACCUGGAAGAGUUAGCGCAUGAGUUGAUAAACGGACCUUUCAAGGACUUGCUUAUAAAUGAAAGCCUUCUAGACCUUCAUGUGUACGUUGAAGACGUUUACGAAACCAGGAUAGCGCAGAACGAUGCUAACCUUAGUAUGGGUGAAAUGAUUCAAGCUAUUGUCAAUAGAUACAGAGACGAGUUGUUGCAGUUGGAUAAACUGCCAGUGGAGCAGGUAGCCAAGUUGGAAGGCAAUGCAUACAUGGAACAAAUAAAGAUUCUUAAACUAGCUGAGGAUGCCAAAAAGCAGUAUCAGUCUUUGGAGCGCCUGACAUUGAGCAUUGAAAAAGCGUUCGAGCCUCCAUUUAGAAAAACUGGAAGACAAAUAAAAAAUCGGUCUCCGCCCCUGAACCCCCCAAAACCACUGCCACCUCCGCCAAGAGUACUGACAGAAGCAGAAACCGAUUUCUUAACGUUUUUCACCGAUUAUUGCGAGUUUUCAGACGAUGUAAGAAACUAUGGUAUAAACCCCGAACAAGUGCUCGAGGAAGUGGCAGAACAAGUUAAUAAUUAA